CUACCGCACGAGAAUUGUCGAGUGUAAGCGCGCUUGGAGAACCUAAAUUAAAAUCAGUUGCAGGUUGUACAACGAGCAAGUCGUAUGUAGUAGCCGUAUGUAAUCAAAUCCCACGUGGGUUAUUGCUACCGCAAAGUUAGUAAACUAGAUAACGUUUAAUAUAAAAGAAUAUGUUUAUUUAAAAUCGAGUGCGUUUAUUUAAAUUUGACGUUUUCGCCCGUCGUGUUAUUCAUUUGUGUUGAAGAUGUCGAUGACCAACGGAAAAUCGAAGGCCCUAGACGUAGUGGAGCUGGGCGAUCUAAAUGACAAACGUACCCGGUUUCAAGUGAAUAAGGUGAAUAACGAAAACGUAGGAAAUGGACCUGUCCUCCAUGUCUUGCCCGCCGAAGAUGCAUCUUCUGAGGAGGAAGACAAUGUACAUUCGGCGACCGAAACGACGAGACUCAACUCUGAUACGGACAAUAGAAAUGUGAAGAGUUUCAGGCAGUUAACCCGGGAGGCGUUGCCCAGGCUGGAUAAUUACCGGAAUAUUAUGUCAUUUCAAGCAGCAAACAGACCUACCUUGGAAGAGCUACACAAUGCUACUUUACUUAAUAAGACUCCAACAAUGACAACAGUUAGUUUUAAUGGCAAAUUGGAAGACACAUCCGAGGGACAAGUCAAAUUUGGAUGGAUUCAAGGUGUAUUAGUACGAUGCCUUCUGAACAUUUGGGGUGUGAUGCUCUUUCUUCGGCUGUCAUGGGUUGUUGCACAAACUGGUGUAGGAUACGCGAUUUUACUCAUCCUAACGACAAGCACUGUAACAACAAUCACAGCAGUUUCCAUGUCGGCCAUCAGUACUAACGGCGUGAUAAAAGGAGGUGGGACCUAUUACAUGAUUUCAAGGAGUUUGGGGCCAGAGUUUGGAGGAUCAAUCGGAUUAAUCUUCUCGCUGGCAAACGCGGUUGCGUGCGCAAUGUAUGUGGUGGGUUUCUGUGAAUCUAUGGGAGACCUGCUCAAAUCUCAUGAACUGAAGAUUGUCGGCGGCGUUAAUGACAUUCGUAUUAUUGGAUCGGUGACCAUUCUACUUUUAACGAUUCUCGUGGUUUUUGGAAUGGAAUGGGAGGCGAAGGCCCAAUUAGUACUGUUGGCAAUUCUUUUAAUUGCAAUUUUAGAUUUUGUUAUCGGAAGCAUAAUUGGCCCUACUAACGAUGAAGACAGGGCCAAAGGUUUCAUUGGAUACGACCUGAAGGUCUUUAAGGAAAAUCUUUAUGCUGAUUAUAGAUUUUCCCAAGGUGUUGAUCACUCUUUUUUUUCUGUAUUCGCUGUAUUUUUCCCCGCGGCUACUGGUAUUUUAGCUGGUGCAAAUAUAUCUGGCGACUUAAAGGAUCCUCAAAGUGCAAUUCCUAAAGGGACAUUGUUGGCAAUAUUAUUAACAACGGCAUCUUAUAUUUUAAUAGCAGUGAUAUCUGGGUUUACGGUAGUGCGUGAUGCCACUGGAAAUGUCACAGACUAUUUAGCGGGAAACUCUACAACAUGUGAUCCAGGACAGUGUCGCCAUGGAUUACAUAAUAGUUUCCAAGUAAUUGAAUUAGUGUCGUGGUUUGGUCCAAUAAUAUACGCAGGAUGUUUUGCUGCUACUUUAUCAUCUGCAUUAGCCUCCUUAGUUUCAGCUCCAAAAGUGUUUCAAGCUCUAUGCAAAGAUAAGUUGUAUCCUUACAUAGGUUGGUUUGGCAAAGGAUAUGGCAAAAACAAUGAACCAGUGCGGGGGUAUAUACUUACUUUCAUAAUUGCAGUUGCAUUUAUAUUAAUUGGGGAGUUAAAUAUGAUUGCACCAUUGAUAUCUAAUUUCUUUUUGGCUGCUUAUACAUUAAUUAAUUUCUCAACGUUUCAUGCAUCCUUGGCCAAACCUGUAGGAUGGAGACCUACUUUUAAGUACUACAACAUGUGGUUAAGUCUACUUGGCUCCAUACUGUGUGUCGUUGUAAUGUUCUUAAUCUCUUGGUGGACAGCGUUAAUUACUUUCUCGGCUCUUCUGGCACUGUAUCUCAUCGUGUCCAUUCGGAAACCAGAAGUAAAUUGGGGAUCAACAACGCAAGCUCAAACUUAUAAAAACGCUCUACAAGCGGUUUAUCAAUUAAAUGCGGUUGAAGAGCACGUAAAAAAUUAUCGGCCACAAAUCCUAGUGCUUUCGGGUAUGCCAAGUGCAAGACCGGCACUUGUGGAUUUUUCUUACUUACUAACGAAAAAUCUUUCACUGCUUAUUUGUGGGCACAUCAAUUCGAGUUGGCUUCAUCAACGCAUUCGAAAUGUAUUGAGUUUUAAAGCUCGAGCCUGGUUAAAAGCUAGCAAAAUUAAAGGAUUCUACAUGCAAAUCGAUGGCGCAAGUUUUGAGGAGGGCGCCACGGCCUUGCUAAAAGCUUGCGGUAUUGGUAAACUCAAACCAAAUAUUUUGUUAAUGGGGCAUAAAUCCGAUUGGCAAACGUGUUCACGGCAAGAUCUUGAUGAGUAUUUUAAUGUCUUGCAUAAUGCGUUCGAUUUACACAUGGGAGUAGGUAUUUUACGAAUGAAGCAAGGUUUUAGUUCUGACAAAAAUUCUAAACUUGAAGAAGAAACAAAUAACACUCAAACGAAGUACAACAGUAUUGAAUCCUUGAGACAUAAUCAAUCAUAUAGUCAGCUAUCUCAAGCUUCUUGUAGUAGUGCCAGUAAUUUAUCAGUAUUAGCCACACCAGUAUUACGAAAAAAGGAACGUGUAAGUACAACACCAGCCGCUAACGAAAAGGAAAACAAUAAAAAUUACACUGAAGAUUCUUUUGGCAACCAAUCUAAAGAUAACACGUUGGAGACCAUACAUAAUAUCGGCAAUGGGUUACAGUUUCAAAAACGGCAAAAAAGGGGAGCUACCAUUGAUGUUUGGUGGUUGUAUGAUGAUGGAGGUCUGACCUUACUCCUGCCAUAUAUAAUAAAUACAAGACGCAGUUGGAACUCUUGUCGAUUACGUGUCUUCACCUUGGCCAAUAAACAUGAUGAACUGGAAUGUGAACAUCGAAACAUGGCCAGUAUGUUGGCCAAGUUUCGCAUAGACUACUCAGACUUGAAAAUUGUCCCUAAUAUCACAAGCAAAGCUAAAGACUCAACUCAGCAGCUCUUCAAAUCGCUUAUCUACGACUAUAAAAAUCGUGAAGAUUUUACCGAAUCUCAGGAAGCUCACAUACCGGAAUCGGAGUUAUUGGCUAUGCAGGAGAAGACAAAUCGCCAUCUACGAUUACGCGAGUUACUGCUGGAGCAUUCCACUGAAGCAAGCUUGGUGGUCAUGACGCUUCCAAUUCCCAGAAAGAACGUAAUUUCAGCUCCCCUGUAUAUGGCCUGGUUGGAAUUGUUAACGCGCGACAUGCCACCGAUUUUGUUAGUUAGGGGGAACCAAACUUCCGUCCUUACGUUUUAUUCAUGAUUUAAUUUAUUGAAUGGAAUCCGUCCUGCUGGUCAGGAAUGCUACAAUUUGUAGGUAAUCCGAACGUCAGUGGUUUUGGUAACAUAGGUUACAUAGGUAGUGGGUAUAAGCAAAGAGUACCCAUAAUGGUUACUCUUUGGUAUAAGUAUACCAUAUACCUAACAAAGUAUUAUUACCUAUGGUGAUAAUUAAUUUAAGAAUAUAUAACAGGUAGCUUUAUUUUUAUACCAGAAUUUUAUGUAUUUAUGCACACAAUAUCUAUAUGUUUUUACUAAAUAUUAACUAAAGUCUAAAUUAUUUCUG